UGUGGUCCUGUUUUGAAUGAAUGUUGUAGAUUGAAUAUAAAAGUGCUCUCUAAAUUAGUACGUGAGAAAAUGCUGAGAAUAAUGUUUUUGCCAGCUCGAAACACACGACCCACAUGUAUUGUGUCGUUUCCAGCAAAAGGCGGUCUGACAUAAUUCUGCCGAUAACGAUGGUUUAUUUCGUCUCUCAACCAAUGACACAAUUUUAGUGAUGUAGCUUGAGCUAUUGAUAUGUGUCUGGCCUGUAAUGGGGGAUGGGCAAUCAGCAGGCAAAUGUGGGAGGGGGUAUAUUACCGUCCACGGUAACCUGCCUUUAUGGGCGUCGUAGAAGCCUGACACGACAGAAGGUGGGUUUAUACCGGAGACUAAGCCUGUGUGAGUCAGAGACUGCGAGUGUCAACAGCUUUGUGGGCAGCGUAGACAACACAGACGAUGAGGCAGGGUCUAUACACUCCGAGGACAAUGCAGGCUACGACGAAUGGCUCACUGACUCCCAGGAACUAGAAAACGCCAUAUUGUCAGAAAAUGUCGACCAGCUGCAGAAAAUUUGUGACGAGAGACGCAUUGAUAUAAAUAUUGAAUUGAAUGAAAAGGGCGAAACUGCCUUGAUUUUAUCUGUGAAGUUGAGUCAGAUAGAAAUGGUGAAGGCGUUGCUUUUGACUCCAAAUAUUGAUAAGAACUCGCUGAAUGCUCACGACUUUUCACCUUUAGAUGUUGCUUUGGUCACAGCUUUUGAUAAUCGUCUUGAACCUCGUCAAACAAUCUGCUGGGAAAUCAUUGAGUGCCUUUUGCAGGUGGGAGCCGAACCAAACAACAAAGACGCCAUGAUGUACAUUAUCAGGACAGCAUUAAAAUAUUGUGAUGAGAAAUUCCUCUAUCGACUGAUACUUUUAACCAAAGAAUUAUCAUAUUCAAUAAAACUACAUGAGCUUUUGCUGCAAAAACUACAUAGGUAUCAACCAGUGUAUAUUGAAAGUCUGGAUCCAUUUUUUGUGUGUACCUCAGAAUUCACUAUCAAACUCCUCAAGAAUGCUAAUGGCCGCCAAUUAUGUGACAUUGUGAACUCAAUGCGGCAUUAUCUAGAGUCCUACUGGAAUUGUCGAUUAAACAAAUUGGCGGUGUUCCAGAAGUUGAUACUAUACGCUACGGCCGCUGGCUGGGACUGGACGCCUCAGCAAAUGGACUUUAUCAACAGGGUCUGUCCAGAAAUGUUAGCAAGAUGGUGCGCAAACCAGAAAAAGUAUCCGAUCUCCCUUAGUCACCUUUCAAGGAAAUCUUUUCGGCGAAACUCUCAGGGCCAAGUAGCACAGACGUUGAAGGAGUUGCCGUUUAAAGUACCGGAGAGUUUGAAGGAUUACAUUAUGUUGAAAGAUGUAGACGAGUUCCUCAGUGGAGCUGAAAUCAGCAUUGUGGAUGUGAGACUGUAGUGUACUGUACUCAGUGGAUGUGAGACUUUAGUGUACUGUACUCGGUGGAUGUGAGACUGUAGUGUACUGUACUCAGUGGAUGUGAGACUGUAGUGUACUGUACUCGGUGGAUGUGAGACUGUAGUGUACUGUACUUGGUGACACUAAUUAGCCACACUCUGGGAAAACUGGGCCAAAUGCAUGUGUGUAAAGUGUUGUCCCAGAUAAGCAUGUUCAGUCUGCACAGGAUAAUCAGGGACGGCAUUUUCGGCCAAUACUGGAACUUACUUAAAAAGGGAUUUUCUAUAAAAAAAACUUCUAUUAAAGUGGAAAGUGUCGUCACUGAUUAGCCUGUAUGAACUGCACAGGCUUAUCUGGGACAACAAAUUAUGGAAAUGCUUUAAGCCCUGUUUUCCCAUAGCGAGGCUAAAAUUAUUUUAUGAAACAUAGGGCAUGUGUGCUUUGUUCAAUUGUUAAUUGUUAUUAUUGAUGGUGUUCAUUCAAGUUGUGUUGAAAUCCUUAUAAAGACAUGUUUUUAUCACCCUGGCUUCAAGAUGUGUGAUCCAUAUAGUAAUUUGCUGUGUCUGUGAUUCAGUCCUUACAAAGUUUACUCGAUUUUACUGUUGUGUCAAGCACCAACAAGGCUUAUUACAUAACACAGCCCCAAUUUCUUAAAUUUCCUUUAACAGGAUUAAUUUUAUGAUUUAAUUAAAAAAAUUAUUGUUUAUAAUUGUAUGUUGCAAAACACAUUUUCAAUUGAUCUGAAUGCACAAUUCUGAACACUUAAUUGCAAAAUAUUAAGCUAAGACCAAUCCUGUUUUAACAAAGUUUAUUGUUUAUUUCUAUUCCUGAUCCAACCAUAUCACAAAACCCCAAUUUGAUCCCAGUAUAUUGUCAGCUUCAUCUGUAAGUGUUGCAUUUUUAAAUCUAUAAAAUAUGAAGUCUUAACCCUUUACCAGUUACAUACCAUUUGUAGUCCCUCAGAAAGUUAGAUUUUAUUAAAUACCUUACUUUCUAGAUUUGAAUUUUAAAGGCUUUAUUUCCAUCCCUUAAACACUGAUGAUCAGCAAACAGCAUAAAACCUGUUCAGACUAAGAGUUACUUGCAGGCUGUUCUGGUUUUAUGCUGUUUGCACAUAGCUAUUUUCACUCUGCUUCCGAGUGGAAAAUGGUUAAUGAAGGUGAUUAACUUCUUGUUAUUUAUUGCUCUGUAAGGUUAAUCAAACAAGGUCAAUGCAAAAUUCAAACCUAAAAGUAGAAUGAAAUGUUUUGGUAUUAAAAGUGGAUAAUCCACUCCACAAAGUACAUGUAUUGAUACACUCAGUGACUCACUGUUGUUAGAUUUACUGAAAUAAACUCCAUUUAAUUUAGUUAACUAAUUACUGGAAUAUAGUACGAAACAGGAAAAAGAUGUUAUCAUGUUCAUGAUGAAAUCUAUGAUUUUAUAAAGAAUUAUUAUUGUUCAGAUAAUUUAGUGAAUAGUGCAUAACAAAUUGUCUUUGUUAUGAUACAUGAAGAUGACAUAUUUAAAUGCGCCGUUAUAUUUAUUUAAUGAAGUAUUUUAUUUAACAUACCCAAAGAGAAAUUAUUUUUUCUUAAGUCUGAAAAAGUUUAUUAUGUUUUGUACUGUUCUUGUUUAUUUGGUUUUAAUUCCCCUGGUAAACAAAUGGUGCUUUAAGCCUGCAUUCAUAUGCAGACGGUAUUAAAAUGAUUUACUAGUACUAAGUACUUUUUUCUUGUGUGUCAACGAGAUUGUUGUAGAGAUCACUUGCUGGUAAAUACCAUUUGCAAUCUUUCUUGACAGUGAUUGAUGACUCAGCAUUAUUUCCUCUACAAAACCAGUAUUUUUUACAAUGAUGACACAUUUACAUUGAUCACUUUUUAUAUGUUUGGAGUUAAAUCCGAAGAAUGCAUGAAAUGUGAAAACCCUUAUUUAAUGCUGUUUUUAUGUUUCUUUCAUCCUGAUAUAAGAUGAGUGCCAUUCACAAACUAUUUGACUUUUAUAUUGGCAAUACAUGUCAAACAGGGAAUGUGUUUUAGGCUUGUUGACUGAAUAAACAAGAAAUUCAA